AUUGGAGGUUCGAUUGAUCGAUUUAACAAUCGUUGAUGGCGGAGGAGAAGAGAAUAGAAGAACUGUCUUUCCCAAUUUUAUUAGCGGAGCAAAUACGCAAGGCUGUGGAGGAAGCUGAGCUCUUCAAGGUGGAGUGCUCCGACGUGGGGAAACAGGUGGAGCGUCUCUCUCAAAUGCUCCGUUUCGCCAUCCGAUUCGCCACCUCCACUCCUUCCCUCUACGAGCGCCCUGUUCGCUGCAUCUUCUUCGACGUCACUAAGAACCUAGAGCGAGCCCUAACGCUGGUCCGCAAGUGUAAGCACAGUGGCCUCCUUAGCUGCGUCGUCACAAUCACCAGCGCCACUGACUUCCGCAAGUCCUUCAACCUGCUGGACGCCUCCAUCGGCGACAUGAAGUGGCUACUUAGCAUCUUCGACUCUGUUACCUCCGGAGGCAUCGAGGUCUCCCUCCCGCCCAUCGCUAAUAACGACCCAAUCCUCCCCUGGGUCUGGUCCUUCGUGGCUUCUAUCCAAAUGGGUCCUUUGCCCGAUCGCGUCGAGGCUGCAAACCAGCUCGCCCUUCUCGCCAUCGACAACGACCGGAACAAGAAGAUCAUCGGUGAGGAGGGCGGCAUUCCUCCACUCCUGAGGCUCUUGAAGGAAGGUGCCUCUCCGGAUGCCCAAAUUGCAGCUGCUACUGCCUUGCUCAACCUCGCCACCAACCAGGAAAGGGUUCGCAUCAUCGCCAGAGAGCUUGGGAUUCCGGUAAUUGUGCAGGUUCUCUUCGAUUCAUCCAUGAGGGUUCAGAUUGGUGUCGCCAAUUUAGUGGCCAGGAUGGCGGAGCACGACCCCGAUGCCCAGGAGGAGUUCGCUAGGGAGAACGCCAUUAGGCCUCUCGUCUCCUUACUGUCCAUCGAUGUGUUCCUUGACGAGACCAAUCACGAAAAGCCCAGCAUUCAGUCUAUUGUUCAGAACCAUAAGCAGAAGGGGCAGAAGCCGUCCACCACCACCACCACCACGACGCAGAGCCAGAAUCAUUCCACGGACUCACGCUCGAGCUCUUCUUCUUCUUUGUACAAUUCGGACGCCAUUGCUUUGUACGGGCAUCAAAGGAAAGACAGGGAGAAUGAGAAGCCGGAGGUGAAGCUCCAGCUCAAGAUUAGUUGCGCCAAGGCGCUGUGGGUGCUUUCCAAUGGAAGUGUAUCCAAUAGCCGGAGGAUUACCGAGACCAAAGGGUUGCUCUGCCUUGCGAAGCUCAUCGAAAAGGAACAGGGAGAGUUGCAGGAACAUUGCCUCAUGACGGUCGUGGAGAUAACCGCUGCGGCUGAAUCCAAUGCCGACCUUAGGCACGCAGCUUUCAAGACCAAUUCUCCUCCGGCGAAGGCGGUUGUGGAACAGCUUCUGAGAGUAAUUGGAGAGGUAAGCACUCCGUCGCUACAAAUUGCUGCCAUAAAAUCGAUUGGGUCAUUGGCUCGCAUCUUCCCUGCCCGAGAAACCCGAGUCAUUCGUCUCCUGGUGACGCAGCUCAACAACAGGAACAACGAGGUCGCCACAGAAGCCGUCAUUGCCUUGGGGAAGUUCGCCUGUCCUGAAAAUUUCCUCUGCGUGGAACAUUCCAAGACAAUCGUGGUGGACGGGGUCCCACCUCUAAUGAAAUUGCUGAGGACCAACGAAUGGUCUCAGUUUCACGGACUGACUCUACUCUGUUACCUUGCCUUGCAUGUGGGCAACAGCGAAGCUCUGGAGCGAGCAAGGGCAUUGACUGUUCUCGAGGGAGCAGUUCGUUCUGUGCCUGCUCAAAACCCUUCUUUGAAGGAAUUGAUUUCUAAAGCCAUGUAUCGUCUUGAGGUCUACCGGUCUGGAAUUCAUCCCCACAGACACUCUUAUGCGCCGUAAUAUUACUCCCUUUGAGCUGUUCUUGGACGAAACCUUACUCAUGGCCAUGUAUCGGAUUUGGAAGAUACUUGCAGACGCUUGAUGCACUGUGACAACCCUCAGGUGAUGGAUACACGGAUAUGGUUACUCAUUGAGAAAAGUGAUUCUUCAUCCAGUUGGAGUGCCUCGGUGCAAUGCUUGUCUAUCGCCUGAACAAAAAUGAGUCUUUUACCAUGGGAAAAAAGAAGAUUGAGCACAGAACAAGAAUCGCGCAAUGGUCAG